GGGCGAAUCUUCCCGCCCGAGGCUCCAGCUCUACGGGGGAAUUCUGCGGGAGCUGCCGCAGCCCCGCCGGUGCAGCAGGGAGCGGGCGGCGCAGCCCUCGAAUCUAACGGUGCUCAGGCAUCGCGGCCGACACCUGCAGCCUGCGAGGCUCCUGGUUGGCGGCGGCUGCCUCGCGCUGCCGAGGUGGCAGUUGGCGGCGGCGCGGGCGGACGGAAGCUUAUACUAAUAAAUUAACAGGAGAAAAAUGACAUUAAGGAAAGUGAACAUUUCCAUCCUUAUAGUGGCUGUUGUCAUAUUUUUGCUAGUUCUUCAUCACAACUUCCUUGGCCUCAGUGACUUCUUGAAACGGGAGUUGUCAGAUUCCAACCCAUUAGGUCUUCAGCCUAUAGAUUUCAUACCUGCUGUUCCCCAGAGGUUGACAGAUGCAAGGAAUGACAAGGAGAUUACUGUGGUCAUUGCAGCAUCAGAUGAGAGGCUUGGGGGUGCAAUUGCAGCCAUGAACAGUAUUUACCAUCACACCAGAUCCAACGUGGUUUUCUACAUUGUUACUUUGAAUGAUACCAUGGAUCACUUGAGGCUGUGGCUAAGUAGCACUGCUCUGAAAAACUUGAGGUACCGAAUUUUGGAUUUUGACCCUCGUGUCUUAGAAGGGAAAGUGCAAAUGGAUCCUCAGAAGGCAGACACCUUAAAACCAUUAACCUUUGCAAGAUUCUACUUGCCCAAUUUGGUCCCUCAUGCAGAGAAGGCCAUCUAUGUGGAUGAUGAUGUAAUAGUGCAAGAUGAUAUUCUUGAACUUUACAACACCCCACUGAAACCUGGACAUGCAGCUGCAUUUUCAGAUGAUUGUGACUCAACCAGUAAUAAAGUUGCUGUCCGGGGAGCAGGCAAUCAGUAUAAUUACAUUGGGUUUCUAGAUUACAAAAAAGAAACCAUCCGAAAGCUUGCCAUGAAGGCCAACACCUGCUCGUUCAAUCCAGGAGUUUUUGUUGCCAAUUUGACAGAAUGGAAAUUACAGAACAUCACAAAGCAGUUGGAGAAGUGGAUGACACUUAAUGUAGUAGAGGAACUUUACAGCAGGACUCUGGCUGGCAGCAUCACAACACCCCCACUGCUGAUUGUAUUUUACAAGCAACAUUCCAGUAUUGAUCCCAUGUGGAACGUUCGGCAUCUCGGGUCUAGUGCUGGAAAAAGAUACUCUCCUCAGUUUGUGAAAGCUGCCAAGCUGCUCCAUUGGAAUGGACAUUUCAAACCAUGGGGAAGAACAGCUUCAUACACUGAAGUAUGGGAGAAGUGGUAUGUCCCUGACCCCACUGGCAAGUUCAGCCUCAUCCGCAGACAUUCAGAAGCCUAUGAAGCCAAGUAGCCAAUUUUAGUAACUGUGAUGACAUUUUCUCAGGAAACUUCUAGAGCCAAGCAGAACUUCUUUUAGCCAACUUGUACUACAGGGCAGUCCUUGCCUUCUGGAGCACAAGGUGAUGGAUGCACUUACUCAGGUGCAGUUCUGAAAGGUAAAGGUCUAAGACUCACUUCACUUACGUAACAGAAGAUGCUACUCAGGCAACACUACAGAAGGCAAGGGAAGAUGUCCACAAACUGGAACUUCCUCUGUUUCAUUUCUGUCUGUUCUACGGUCUCCUGCUCUUUACUACAAGUACUUAUUACUACAAGACUUCUACAAGUCUUCUAGAUCAUUUGGUCACCUACAGAAACUGUUUCAAAUAACAAGAUACAACUUACGUUGAUACAGAUGGUGUUCGCACCCUGCACAUCUUGCACAGCAACAUACUGUUAAGAGCUGCUUGGGUUUUGUUCUGGUUUUGUUUUGUCCUGUGAAAUAGUUUCAUCAACAACCCCUUUCUUGCAUGAAAUUUCCUCCCAACCGUUUCCGUCCUGCAGCAGUCUGUAAAAGUGAAUCUUUUUUUUUUUAACGAUUACUUUGAGUUUUAUUUCACAAUGUGAAGUGGGUUUAACUGCCACUGAACACUAAAACGUUCUUUGUUAAGGGAUGGAGAAAACUUUGUUCAGAAAUAAAAGAUAAUUUUAACAUAUUGACUCAAACCUCAGGUAAACAGCAACCUUACUCUAGUCUUGGUCUGAUCUAUGAAGUGUUUCCUUUGUACUUAAAUACAGAAGCAUCGAUUGAAACUAAAGUCAGUUCACAUCAUCUUUGCUAAAGCAGUCUCAUUCUAAAAUUGUGCAAAAUGUUUAUUUUGGGGAUCAGUCUGUGUGAAUUACAGAUUAAUUUUGUUAUUGUUAAGUUCCUCAUAG